AGAAGCUAGGGGCACAGAAGUCCCAGCUUCAACCCAGGUUUAGGAGCUCUGGCCCACACCGUGUUACGCUCGAACCUGGGCAAAAGGAAAGGGGGAGGAGGUGGGAUGGGCCUGGGCACAAAUCCCAUUUCCGCUUCUGGUUGGAGACCUCGAGACCUCGGAGACCAGGAGAUAAAGGUGCCCUGAGGAUUUGCUGUCGCCUACACCCGCCCCUCUUCUGCACCUCCCCCCCCCCCCCCAGGACUUUUCAUUUGUCCCACUGGUUCUCCUUCCACAAGUCUGUUUGGACCUAGAAAAAGCUCAGCUGCUGGGAGAUGAUCUAACCAGUGUCCCAAGAGCCCGUGGCAGUGGGCGCUCCCACUCAGGAGUCAGAGGCUUGGAGGGAAAAUGGGCUGCCAGGCACUGGGAUUCUCUCUGACCAGCUGCCUGCUCCUGGCCUUUACCUGCAGCCUGGUGCUGAGCCGUGUGCCACAUGGACAGCCAGACCCUCAGGAGCAAGAGGGAACUGGGGAGCCACCAUUGGAUCACACUGAAAGGAUUGAAGAAAAUCAUGAAAAAUACAGCCCCAAGCAAGAUGAGGAGCCCUCAGCAACCCAGUGUUUGCGCUGCUGUGACCCCAGCACCCCCAUGUACCAAGCCAUCCCAGUGCCCCAGAUCAACAUCACCAUUCUGAAAGGUGAGAAGGGAGACCGAGGGGACAGGGGCUUGCAGGGCAAAUAUGGCAAGACAGGCUCUGCAGGUGCCCGGGGCCACAUGGGCCCCAAGGGACAGAAGGGGUCCAUCGGAGCCCCUGGGGACCGCUGCAAGAAUCACUAUGCAGCCUUCUCAGUGGGCCGCAAGAAGCCGCUGCACAGCAAUGACUACUACCAGACUGUCAUCUUCGACACGGAGUUUGUGAACCUCUACGGCCACUUCAACAUGUUCACAGGCCGGUUCUACUGCUAUGUACCUGGCAUCUACUUCUUCAACCUCAACGUGCACACUUGGAACCAGAAGGAGACCUACCUGCAUAUCAUGAGGAAUGAGGAGGUGGCAGUGAUCCUGUACGCCCAGGUGAGCGACCGCAGCAUCAUGCAGAGCCAGAGCCUGCUGCUGGAGCUGCAGGAGCAGGACGAGGUUUGGGUGAGGCUCUUCCGGGGGGAGCGCGAGAACGCCAUCUUCAGCGAUGAGUUUGACACCUACAUCACCUUCAGUGGCUACCUGGUCAAGCACUCCACAGAGCCCUAACCCAUGGCACCUCCUCAUCUCCAGCUUGCCUGUUCUCCCACCCCACUGGGUUCCAAUGGUCCAGCAUCAAAAGGCCCCCUGGCCCUUCACCUCCCCCACUACCCUGCUCCCUGCUCCCCAGCUCUGGCGUUCUACCCCACAUUUUUCUUUAGCAGGGACAGGAAGUGAAUGUUGCUGUGUGUUCUGGCCCUCUGUGGAUGAAAUCACAGGGGCAAAUGCCCCCUCUGGAAUCACAUCCUUAAGUGGCCCAUGGCCCAGGCAAAACAUGUCUGGAUAUGGCAAAGAGUCUUCUUUCCUUUUCUUUUUAAAUUUCUCCUUUCCUUCUUUCCUUUUUCAUUCCCUCUCUUUCUUUCUCUCUUUCUCCUUUCCUUCAUUCCCUCCUUCCUUCCUUUCUUUCUUUCUUCCCUUCUUUCUCUCUUUCUUCCCUCCUUUUUCUUUCUCCCCAUGACCAAGGUUUCACUGUUUCAGGCUGAUAUUUUCAGGUAGAGAGAGAGAAAACAGGAGAGGAAAUGACAAGGCUUUACAGCACUGAAACUCCCUCCAAUGCAGUGGAAGCCAGGCUUGAACCUGGCUUACAUGCCUGGCAAAGCCAGAAUCCUCUCCAAGUGAGCAAUUUUGCCAGUUCAGGAAAUCUUCCUUAUUCUAGCCCUGGGGAAUAUUUAAGCAACUAUUGGAGACUAUGCAUGGUAUUUCAGAAACUGUGGAUAGCAAACUGGAGGGUGAGCUGUUCUUUUCUUUGUCCCUUUUUACCAGGACAUGGGGAUCCUGGAAACCUCAUCUAGCUUAUUUCUCUCAGGCCACAUGGAAAAAUCAUCUUGAGGACCUGCCAGACUGAUGGCCAUGCCCCAUGGCAGUGACCUGGCCUGAGUCAGAUGCCCUUUCUGAGCCAUAAAAUUGAAGUGGUUCAGGUUGAAGAGGGGUAGGAUGCCAGGCUGAGCCUGGUCUCUGUCAAUGGAGGGCAAUAGCAGAUCUCCUCAAUAUGAAAGCAGGGCUUUCUCUGAGCCCCAAAUCUGGAGGGAUCUGGAAAGAUCCCCCUUGGACUGUCUGGAACUCCCUCAGAGUUCCAUCACUGAAGCCAGAAAAGAAGAGGAAAGACAUGUCUCAGAUGGUAGGACCAGACCCCUCUCCAGUGCUGGAGCUGAUUGUCAUGUGAAGUUGGUGCUCCAGUCCAGGGUGGGUGUAAGCCCCACGGUCCAUCUGCCUCAGUAAGGCCCAGGGCCAGGACCAUUCUGGCUGUUGCUUUAGACCCUCUGCCAUGAGAAAACCUGCCUUCCUGCUGCUAAAGGCCUCUGUCUUCAGUGAGUCUGGACUCUCUGAACCUGGCAGCAGGGUCUCAGUCAGCAUACACUUCCUCUUAAAGAACUGCUUAUGGGACCGGGUGGUGUCGCACCUGGUUAAGCGGACACAUUAAAGUGUUUAAGGACCCAGGUUCAAGCCCCUGGUCCCCACCUGCAGGGGAAAGCUUCAUAAGGGUAAAGUAGAGCUGCAGGUGUCUCUCCUAUCUCUUCCCCAUCUGAGUCUCUACCCAAUAAUAAAUAAAUAAAAAGUUUUAAAAUAGUCUUUUUUAAAAAAAAAACUUUUGUUUGUCAGACUUUAAACUGUAUUUCCACGGGCAUGCUGGGAAGCAUGCAUCUGCUGCCUCAUGAAAUCGUACAUUCUUUUCAGAAAACAUUAAACUUGGAACUGUGUUUCUGCA